UCUGUGCAGAAUAGCGUUUCGUUUUCUCUCCUCACUGUGACGUCACAGAAUGCUGACUCCUCAUUGGCUCAGGUGGAGUAUUAUAAAAAGAGCCUCGACAGUUCCUGGUUCAUUUUUCCUGUUUGCGAGUCAAGCGAGUGUUCGUCACUUUUUUCUUUCUCUGCGGGAUUAAAAGUGGCAAACAUCUUUUUGUUUCACGCUGACAUCAUGAACUUGUUUUUAUUCUUUCUUCUGGUCGUGCAAAUGCACAGCGUGACGCCUGUGAUUCACACGCUGCAGUAUUUCUACACUGCGUCCUCUCAAGUUCCAAACUUCCCAGAGUAUGUGGAGGUUGGUUAUGUUGAUGGAGUUCAGAUUGAUCACUAUGACAGCAACAGCAGGAAAGCAGAAGCCAAACAGGACUGGAUGAACAAAAUCACAGCAGAGGAACCAAAAUACUGGCAGAGACAAACAGAGAUCGGUGUUGGUAAUGAGUUGAUUGGCAAACACAACCUUGAAGUUCGUAAGAAGCGUUUCAACCAAACUGGAGGUGUUCACAUUCUCCAGUGGAUGUAUGGAUGUGAAUGGAAUGAUGAGACUGAUGAAGUUAAAGGUUGGGAUCAGGAAGGUUAUGAUGGAGAAGAUUUCAUAUCGUUGGACAUGAAGACAUGGACAUUUACUGCAGCAAAACAACAAGCUUUCCCCAGCAAACUCAAGUGGGACCAGAACAAACAUCUACUAGAUGACAAGAAGUUUUACUACACUGAGGAUUGUCCUUCUUACUUGAAGAAGUAUGUGAACAAUGGGAAGGAGGUCCUAAUGAGAACAGAGCUUCCAGAGGUGUUCCUGCUCCAGAAGACGCCGUCCUCUCCGGUCAGCUGCAUGGCGACAGGUUUCUACCCCGACGGUGCCGACCUGUUUUGGAGGAAAGACGGCGAGCAGAUCUUCGAGGACGUGGAGCACGGAGAGAUACUCCCCAACCACGACGGAACCUUCCAGAUGUCGGUGGCGCUGAAAGUGGAGGUGACGGCCGACGUGGAGGGCAAGUACGAAUGUGUGUUUCAGCUGUCAGGCGUCAAGGAGGACUUGGUCACCAAGCUGGAGAGAAGAAGCAUCCUGAGCAACGCAAGCCAUGAAGACAACUUGAGCGUCGCCCUCGCUGCCACGGCGGCGGUCCUCGCUGUGGCGGCCAUCAUCAUCAUCAUCAUCAUCAUGGUCAUGGUCAGGCGUCACAGAAACAGACAAGCCCAGUACGAUCCAGCUGCUCGCCACGGCGGCGUGGAGCUCGACGAGAACGUGCAGGCGGCUGAAGGCUGAGAUGCUUUGUGCACUGGAACACAGGGAGAUGUCUCCAUCGCUGAGGGACGUCAUCACACUCGGAGAUGAGAUGGAGAUGUGCUUUGUUCUUCGUCCGACUGCUCCUCACGCUAUUCCAUGUAUUCUUCUUUGGCCGUUAAAAGACUUUCAAGAUCAAACGUUGGUGGCUGUAAAAUCGCACGUUUCAUGGCCUUGACGUCAUGACGAGGAUUUCUUCUUUUCUUUCAAUGGCCGCUGCUUAUGAUCAAUAUCACAUUGUGUCACAUCUCUGUCAAUAAAUCCGUUUUUCCUCCA